GAAAAAGCGGAAAGGCCAAAUAAAUCUGAAGAAUAUACAUAUACAGAGAGAGAGAGAAACAUCAUCAAAUAAAACAGAGAGAAAAAGAAAGGGCAAAGGAACAGUAGUGAAGACAAUUCAGAAGAAACACAAAAUAGCUACAAACACACAAAACAGAGCCUCGCCUGCCUUAUAAGAGACGAGACGGCCAUCCACAAAAAACCACCAUUUCCUCCGCCGGCUUUCCUCCUCUAUUUUGCCACCUUCUUCCUUCCUCGAUCUUUCUCUUCAUUUUAAAUCUUCCCUUAUUAUAUUAAUCUUCUUUUUGUAUCAUUAUUCAUAUAAAUAUUCAUCUCAUUCCCCUUUCUUAUUGGAGGACUCAUUCAAUUCCAGCUCUGUUUUUUUCUGUACUAAUAAUUUUCAUGGCGAAAACCUCAAAGUGUAAUCAGAAGAAUGGUACUACUACUUCUUCGUCUUCUUCUAGUAAUAAAAGUAAUGGCAAUGCCAUUGGCAAAGCGAAACGAACGCGUAAGAGUGUUCCCAGAGACUCUCCUCCACAACGUAGCUCCAUUUACAGAGGCGUCACUCGGCACCGGUGGACGGGCCGAUAUGAAGCUCAUUUAUGGGAUAAAAAUUGCUGGAACGAAACUCAGAACAAAAAAGGAAGACAAGUUUAUUUGGGAGCUUACGAUGAUGAAGAAGCAGCUGCACAUGCAUAUGAUUUGGCGGCGUUGAAGUAUUGGGGUCAAGACACCAUCCUUAAUUUUCCCGUGUUGACGUACGAAAAAGAGCUAAAGGAAAUGGAAGCUCAAUCAAAAGAAGAAUAUAUUGGUUCUUUGAGAAGAAAAAGCAGUGGGUUUUCAAGGGGAGUGUCAAAAUAUAGAGGCGUAGCAAGACACCAUCAUAAUGGAAGAUGGGAGGCUCGCAUUGGAAGGGUGUUUGGCAACAAAUAUCUCUACCUUGGAACAUAUGCUACUCAAGAAGAAGCCGCAACAGCUUAUGAUAUGGCGGCUAUAGAAUAUCGUGGGUUAAACGCAGUUACAAACUUUGACCUUAGCCGUUAUAUCAAGUGGCUGCGUCCCUCCAACCAAACUAAUAAUAUUACUACCAUUAACAACCCUAGUAACAGUAUUGAACCAAACCCUAGCCCUAACGCUGAUGACAUUCAUACUAUGCCUAACACCAAAGAGGAGAUGGAAUGUAGUUUCCUCCGACAGCAACAACAACAAAGCUCGAACUCUGAUGCAACAACCGUGGCGCUGCCACAUCCAGCUGCCGGCGCCACGGCUUCAUCUGCAUUAGGGCUUUUGUUGCAGUCUUCCAAGUUCAAGGAAAUGCUUGAAAGAACAUCGGCAGCUGACUGUCCGGAGACGCCACCGGAGCCGGAUAGGCCGCGGCGGAGCUUCCCCGAUGAUAUUCAGACGUACUUUGAUUGCCAAGAGUCGAGUAGCUUUAUUGAGGAGCAUGACAUUAUUUUUGGUGACUUGGAUUCUUUUGCAUCGCCCAAUAUGUUUCAGUGUGAGCUUGAUAGCUAGCGAUCGAGCUUACCCUAAGGAACUUAGAAGUAUUAAUUAAUAACUGUGGACGUGAGAUAUACAGAUUAUUUGUGAAUACUGUUUUAAGUUAA